UAUUUUUCGUGAGAGAAGUAGCAAGAAAGCAUAUAUGGGGAUGGAAAAGAUGGGUCUUGAAAGUUCUCAAAUCACCAGUGCAAGCAAAUGCGUAUUCAUAUGAAAGCAAAUAAUUCCUGUGCUUUCUAUUCUUAUCCUAACCUAAAGUUGGCCCAAAUUGAGACACUGCAAACACAAGUAUACGGUUCUUAGGAUUGCCUGAGGACUCUUCUUUCUCUGCCUUGUUAAUUUCUUCACAAAGAGGAUACUCAGAGAUCCUCUCUCGCUCUCUCUUACCUGUAUUCAGACUCUCUUCUUGUUCCUGCUUGUUCAUGUUCCCAUGCUGUGAAGAACUCUAAACAAAGAGAAGAGUCUCUGGAGAAGCGAGAGAUGGGAACAAAACCCAUCAGUGGCUCGAAGUCCUAUUUGAAUUUGGGAUUGAUUGAGAACAGAAAUGGAGGUCCAGAAACUCCCAGAGUCAUAACACUUGUUUCAUCAGUUAUUGAGAGAACCAUUCAGCAGAAUGAAAGAUCAUUGAAGGGAUCUGCAAGGAAGGGCUUGAACACCAUCUUCCACGGUUCAAGGGCACCUGCCCUGAGCAUCAGGCAGUACUUGGAGAGGAUUUACAAGUACUCCAACUGCAGCCCUUCCUGCUUUGUGGUUGCAUACAUAUACCUGGAUAGGUUUCUUCACCAGAUGAGAGAUGUUCAUCUGACUUCCCUCAACGCUCACCGGCUUCUCAUUACCAGUGUCAUGGUGGCUGCGAAGUUUAUGGGUGAAGGGUGUUACAACAAUGCAUAUUUUGCCAAAGUGGGAGGGGUGAGCACUGGUGAGAUGAAUAAGUUGGAGAUGAAUUUCUUGUUCACUACAGACUUCAGGCUACUUGUGACUAGAGAGACCUUUGACAGGUACUGCUUGCGGCUAGAGGUGGAGGAAGCUAAAGUAGAGCGCUGGGUUGAACUUCCAAUUCAGCUCUGUGGGUUGGCACAAGGCCGUACAAACAGAGAGGAACGGAACCGUGCAAGUUCCAUUGCAGGUUACACUUGCAGAGCCCUCUGAAAUAGGUAUAGUUAGCAGACAACAUUAUUGGUGGCUACGCAAUUGUAUCUGGAUAUUGGUAUGGAUAGGGUUGUGGUUUCGACUAAUUUGGCAAGUUUUAAACCAUUUCUAUAACAAUCACAAGCUUUAGUCCCACCCAAUCAUUGUCUAGAAUUUAUGAUUAAGAACAAAUAAUUUUUAC